UUUCGUCACUGUUGACAGGUGUGACAUUCCAUUUCCCAAAUAAACUUUUGACAUGAAAAAUUUGUAAUUUCUCUUGAAAAGUACAAACAAUAAACAAAACCACUUUAGGUGCCGUGGCAUUACCGUAUACAGAAAUCCGUCCUACAUAAGUGAAAUUUUACAGUAGUAAAAUGGAUGAUAAUCCGUUAGCAACUUGAAGAGUUCUGUUCGCAGAAUAUUAGGAACCCACAAAAUUAGCAGGAAAAUGUCAUCAACAUUCACAUUAACAAAUGGGAAACAGAAGAGGUUUUCCAUUGACGAUGCCUUCGAGGAAGAAACGGACGAAGCGAUAAAGGUCUAUGGGAGCAGUCCCAGAUCCCCAGUUUCUAAUCAGAAUAAAAACAUUGGAGAGGGGGACCAUGUUAACAUCAACAUGGAAAAUGGAAGGAGCUACAAGAUGAGUUGCAAUGCCUCUCGUGACAGUGAUUCCCUGAUCCAGGAUUACUAUGAGUGCUCUAGUCAAGAAAACCUAAGCAGAAACUGCUUUAAGCACCCCAAAGUACGAGAGAACUGGAGAAUGGUGCUAGCAGCCUUCACUUUGCUGGUCAUAGGAGUUGGUCUGUUGGCCACAGGUACAAUCACAUUAUCAGAGCCCAACUCCAGGUUGCAGGGUUCAGUGUUUUUAUUGGCUGGGUUUAUAUGCUUCCUGCCUGGUGCGUACCAUGUGGUGUACAUCUAUUUGGCAGCGAAGGGAAAGCGGGGUUACCAUUUCCAUAACCUACCUCUCUUCACGUAG